AUGGGUUCACUUACCAACUUAAGAUAUCUCAAUCUCUUCCGUUCCUUUUUUGGUGGUAACAUUCCUACCCAACUUGGAAGCCUUACACAUUUAUUGUCUCUGGAUUUAAGUCACAAUUAUCUUCUACAUGGAAUCCCUUAUCAACUUGGAAGCCUUACAUGUUUAAGGUAUCUUGAUCUCAGUGACAAUAAUCUUGACGGGAAAAUCCCUUCUCAACUUGGAAAUUUGUCACAGUUGAGACACCUUGGUCUCAGUGUCCACUCAACCUUUCCUUCUCUUGUGAUCCUUGAUUUUUCCUAUAAUAAGAUGGCAUCAUUGGUCUUUCAAGCUAUUUCAAUUACGAAUUCUUCGUCUUCUCUUGUCUGGCUUGAUCUCUCCUCAAAUCUGUUGAAAUCAUCAUCCAUAUUUUACUGGCUCUUCAACUCCACUACCAAUCUUCGUAUACUUGAACUUUUUGAUAACAUGCUGGAAGGUCCGAUUCCAGAUGGAUUUGGAAAAGUAAUGAACUCUCUUGAAGAUCUUGACCUCUCAAGUAACAAAAUUCAAGGCGAGAUUCCAUCUUUCUUUGGGAACAUGUGCACAUUGCAGAGUUUAGACCUCUCAAACAACAAGUUGAGUGGGCAAAUUUCUAGCUUCUUUCUAAAUUCUUCAUGGUGCAACAAACACGUGUUUCAGAAAUUGUGUUUAUCUGGUAACAACAUUACAGGAAGGUUACCUAAAAGCAUUGGAUUGUUAUCUAAGUUGACUGAACUUAUGUUGUCGAGAAAUUACUUAGAGGGUGAUGUUACUGAGUCGAAUCUUUCUAAUUUUUCCAAAUUAGCAUUCUUACAAUUAUCAUAUAGCUCAUUGUCACUAAAAAUUGGUCCUACUUGGCUUCUCCUUUCCAAUUAUUGUUCUUGGGAUUAA